UCUCAAGGAUCCCUGUUUACGAGACGGCGCGUCAUAAUAUCAUCACGAUGUUCUUCAUAAAAGACCUGGCGCUGGUCGACCCUGAUGAUAACAUACCCUUGAAGACGUUGUGCCAGUUCUAUGAAAACCCCUGCUACUUUGUCUUCGAAGACACCACGCUCGAUAUACUGUUCAAGCAGUUCAAGGAAGGAAACAGAGGUCAUAUGGCAUUCGUACACCGCGUGAAUUCUGAAGGAGACGGCGAUCCUUUCUAUGAAACCGUUGGUAUCAUAACUCUGGAGGAUGUCAUUGAGGAAAUAAUUCAGGCGGAAAUUAUGGACGAAACAGAUGUUUGGACCGAUAACAGGUCUAAACACAGGCGGGGCUCUAGAAGGAACCCAAAACAAGAUUUUACAAAGUUUGCCGAGCGAAGCGAGAUCCAGCGAAUUCAUAUUUCGCCGCAACUCACGUUGGCUACAUUCCAGUACUUGAACACUUCUUGCGAGCCGUUCAAGUCGGAAUUCAUCUCGGAAUCAGUCCUGAGUCGUCUCCUGCGGCAGGACAUCAUCCACCAGAUCAAGGUGCGUAAGGACAAGUCGCGAAAGGACGACCCACACCUGGUGAUCUACCAGCAGGGCAGACCGGUCGACUUCUUCAUCCUGAUCCUGGAGGGGAGGGUGGAGGUGACCGUGGGCAGGGAGAACCUCAUCUUCGAGAGUGGGCCGUUCACCUACUUUGGACUGCAGGCGCUCACGCAGACUGUUGGCGUUGCUGAAUCACCGACUGGUACGGCCACCUCACACAGCCAAUCCCAGCAGCUGGGCAGCUUGCAGAGUGUGAACCUGGACUUGAUGCUGCGUCACUCGUUUGUGCCGGAUUACACCGUACGCGCAGUGACGGACAUCUUCUAUUUGCGCGUGCGCCGCUCGCUCUACCUGGCCGCCAAACGUGCCACCCUCAUGGAGCGCUGCAAGAAGAACGAGGAAGUCGUCAGCAGCGGCGAUGUAUUUGACGAUGAGGUCGAGAAACUUCUUCAUUCCCUAGACGAUGAUGAUACUAGAAGCCAAGGCUCACCGGAACAAGUUCGCACCAGAACCCAGGGUCAGUCGUCAGGCCACACCAGUCCAAGCUCCUCUCAACGGCCCGGGUCGGAGCCAACUAACAACGGUCACCUGUUGACAGCCGCUUCAGAGCCAAUUCUCGGCCUGUCUCCGUCGCGCACCCCACCGCGCAUCCCCACUGCGCAUCGCAAUGCCGCGCAUGCGCCGAACAUUGAUCCCGAACGCACCUCGCUGCUGGGUGGGUCCAACGCUUCCCCCACCCCGCCCACUCCUCCCAGUCCGCCGCCGUCAUAGCAGUCAGCUGACAAUAGUGCCAUGUCAGCGGAAAGUCAGUGAAGUACCGGAACCUGAAGUAAUCUUGGUUAGGUUAGGUUAGCGAGCUGUAAUCUUAUGAUAGUGCUGUGUCAACGGAAAUUUAGUGAAGUAACCCAAAGUGAUCUUGGUUAGGUUAGGUUUACAAACUGUUAACUGGUAAUAGUGCUGUGCCAGCAGAAAUUCAGUGAAAUAACCUAAAGUAAUCUUGGUUAGGUUAGGUUAGAGAACUGAAAUCUGGUAACAGUGCUGUGUCAGCAGAAAUUCAGUGAUGUAACCUACAGUAAUCUUGGUUAGGUUAGCAAACUAUAAUCUGAUAAUAGUGUAUCAUCAGCAGAAAUUCACUGAUGUAACCUACAGUAAUCUUGGUUAGGUUAGCAAACUAUAAUCUGAUAAUAGUGUAUCAUCAGCAGAAAUUCGCCAUCUUGGUUGGGUUAGGUUUGCAAAUGAUAAUGCAGUCCUGAUGGAACAGAGCAUGAAGUAAUCCAAAGAAUUCUGGUAAGGUUAGGUUUGGUUAGGAAACAGUAUGUUUGGUGGAUUGGAGGGCAAAGUAAUCUAAAUAAUGACCUUUGUCAGGCUACAUUAUAAAAUGCUUCUCAAUUUCCCGAAAUUGACUCUUCCCUUUCGAAUUUUCUAAAUUCAGUCUUUUCUGAAAAAGACUAUUGCUUUUUUCUCACUACAAUAACUGCAAUUCACCAAAAAGUAAUUUAGUGUCAUCUUUAUCCUGUUUUCAUCAGCUUCGUUUUUGAAGCAAUAAACAUUUAAUAAUCCAACACAAACUAACCUAACUUAACCAUAUCAAGUUGGAUAGUUCUCCUCAUUUGGUCAAAAUAGAUGUAUUGUCAUUUCCAUGAUGUAAUCUGCUUUCUUAUUGAAGCAGCCCAUACAGUAACCUAACCUAACUAGAUCAAGUUGAAUAGUUCUCCUCAAUAUUGAUUGAAAAUAUUGUAUUGUCAUUUCCACUGUGUCGUCUGCUUUUGUAUUGAAGCAGGUAAUUCAGUAACCUAACCUAACCAAGGCUGCUUUAGCGUGUUCAACCUUGGUUCGUUUAGGUCAGGUUAGGUAAUGUUCCUUGGAAAGUUUGACUGCACUGGACAGCUUAAUUACUUAAAUAGUUUACCCCUAACUUGAAAUAGUAUAAUUUGUUAAAAUCUAUACUAUAGUAUAAUGGUAAAAUCUUAAAUAGUAUUACCAUCUAUGCUUGUAGAUAGUUUAUCACUAUGCAUUAUUUCACACUAUUUGUUAUAUUGUUAGGUUAGGUUGCAGAUCAGUCGUUUGGUCUCUUUAAAUGAGUGUUGUGGUAAGUUCCAUCUUUUAGAAGUUUAUAAGUAGAUUCAACAAUCAUUUGAUUGUUAUACAAUAAUGUGGUAAUUAUCAUUUGUUCUUAUUAAUUUCAUUAUUGUAUCAAUAUUUUACUAGUAUUUUAAUACCAUAAUAUUUUUUCAAUCUUUUGAUUGUUUUGCAUGAAUAAGUUCAACAACAACUUUUUUAUUGAAUAUCAUCAUAGAGAAACGUUAGCAUAAGUAGAUAUCCCAUGGUGUAGGGCGUUUAUGUCGCAACUUUUACUGUUAUCCCUAGCUGAUAGUUCACGUAGUUCUUGCCUAUGCAGC